UUAGUUCAACCCAAAGUAGAAGCUCCAAUAUUAGAAAAUGAUCAAUCAUGUGUGUUUGGUCAAGACACUCAGAUUUCAUGGAAGUUCAGUGGCAUCCCGAAACCACGAGUCACAUGGUUGUUCAAUGAUCAAUCACUUCCAACCAAUGAUCGCUUGCAAGUCAUGGCGAUUGAUGAUGGAACAUCAAUACUAAAAAUCUGUAAAGCUGAAUUUAAUGAUCAUGGUGUCUAUACUGCUACAGCAACAAAUGCUUUUGGUGAAGCUAAAGCUCAAACAACAUUAACGAUUGAUAGCAUCAAACCUUUCAUCAAAACUAAUCUUAAUACUACACUGAAAGUUACAAAAGGUGCAACCAUAACACUCGAAAUUGUCGCCGACGGAGCUCCGAAACCUCAUGUUGUCUGGAUGAAAAAUAGCAAUGAAAUUGCCCCCAAUAAUCGCAUUCAAGUAGCGACGCCGAUUGGUAACGAUGACCCAUACACACUGAUCAUCUUAAAUGUACAACCAGAAGAUGAAGGAGAAUAUUCCGCCAAGAUUUGUAAUGACGGUGGGACACUCCAAUCCAAUAAGUGCAAAGUCAUUGUUUGGGGUAAGUCUUCUAGACCAAUCUUGUUCUUGGAUACAUAUGCCGUGCACACAUAAAAACGUUUAGUUGCAGUGUAAAACCAAGCACAGCGUUGUUGUUGUUAUUGCUCCCAUUCGUAUUUACACGCAGCAUAUUCUCAUCAAAGUUUAUUAUUGAUAAGAUGUGACCGGUUCAUAUCACUAAUAUGAAGAUGUUGUACAGCUUUCUCGAAAUAAGACAAAAUUUGAUAAUGAAUCUUUCACUUGUUCUGAAACAUUCAAAUUUUCUCUGAUAAAGUUAGCCUUGAUAUUUUUUUGUUUUGAAGAAAAAUAGACAUAAUCAGAUUCGAUAGAAGCUCUCAAAUUAUCUUAAACAGAGAAUACAGAUCUAUUCGUCGAGUUGUCGCAGAAUCGAACGAGCAUUUCUUGA